GACCUGUCGCUGGGGUCGGAGGGGAAUGGGCUAGUGGUUGAGACCCAGUUGGCCUAUUCGGUGUAUGUUCAAACCGUUUCGCCAUUUUGAGUGGGGGGUUGUUGGCCAAACUUUGGACCAAAGUUCAAAGUGUCCGGCGUGCAGUGUGUUGAGCCGUAGAGUUGAGGUGGCACGCCUUCGGCAGAUCGCAGGCAUUCUCUAGGGGUUCACUUUGUCUGCUUUCCUCUACUCAGGGUGACCACGUGGACGCUGUAGGCAAGGGGCUGUAGUGUGCUGAGCCUGCAAUGGGAAGAGGGACAUGUUAGACUUCAGAGAAUUAAAUCGUGCCGCGGCGCCCCGGCACGCAUCUUACAAUCUAGCCAUCUGUGUGGUGCAUAAUUGCCGCAGCCUGCUUUAUGUACCACUUCAUACUCUCUUUCUUCAGGGUCCUGCAGGCCAGACCUGCCCACUGCCUAGCUGCAUUGCAACAAAAGACAAUGCCUCGCGCCAUCGCCAUUACCUACCGCGGUGUGUGUGUGUGUGUGCCGCGCGCGCGGGCGCGCGCACACGCGGCAAAACAAAACAAAAAACCCCAAAGGGCAAACAAACCAACAAACAACAAAACAAACCCUCGCCCCUGCCCAGAAUUCCUCUGCAGUUCAGAGACCUAAAGCAUUUUGUGAUUAUUCGCUGAGCCCACCGGGCAAGGCGAAUGUUUAUCUCCUGCAGCUCUGAGCCCACCGCAGCUCCGCAAGGGGCGUGCAGCUGCGGGUUUUGUGGCCGAGCUUAACAUCGCCUGGGUGGACUGUUGCAGUUCUAAGUAUAGCAAAUGCUCUGUGGUGUUCACAAUAGAAGGAGAAGGGGAUGGAAGGGGGCUGGAGAGGGCUAGAUAGAAGAACUGAACACAGAAUUGGCAAAUGGCUCUGGAAGACGCGAGUCUCGGCAGCUGUUGCCACCACGGCUCGGUUGGUUGGUUGGUGCAUUAUCAGGUUUUCUAGUCUUUACGACCACCUUAAAUGGGCCAUCGACUACACCCCAAAUCUCCUUUUGCCCUUACCCAAAAGACAGAAGCGUGAGGCCUGAGCUAGGUAGGGGGUCUUCUGGUAAGCCCUGUGCCCCCUCCCCUAUCUGUGCGAAAGCGGCAACAAUGAGUAUCGCCUAAGGGGGCUUUGCUUGAUUUUCCGCAGUGCACUGCUGAGACCUUUAUUUCUUCUGCAUCGCCAUCCACAUAAGCAGAGCGAGCCGUGACUGCGUCACGCUAUGCCACUGCUGAGACCCCCGAGUUGUAAUGGGGAUGGGGGGCAUUGAGGGGAUUUGCUGGAGCCAUCCCCAACAAACAGCAAACAUAAACAUUAAAAGAAAAGAAAAGAAAUAAAGAAAACUACCUCAGAGCAUUUAAAAAAUAAAUUGCGUAUUUACAUUCAGCACUUCCUCACCCUCUCUCUACCCUUCUGGUGGGCUCGCGACCACCUGACGCAUUUUCGUGCGUACCCCUUUCCUUGUAUCCUGAAACCUCCUUUUCCAGACUUGGAGUAUGGGUAUUGCUUGGGUGUGGGUCUUUAGAUCAGGGAUUCACUGCAUACUUGGGUGAUCUGGGGUGAUAAAGCCCUCCUGCAGUCCCUCCUCCCCUCGAGAAGAAUCAGAUGGGGAGGGAGGCUCUCAGCGUCUGUAAUCUAACAGACCAAUGCCCACGUCUUGCGUCACGUGUCCCAGCAACGCAAGAGAGCUCGCGCUCUCUCUCUGGGCAGGGAAAAAGCGAGCAAGAGCGACUCGGAAUCAGUCCGGGAGAGCAGAGGACGGAGCCGAACGUCCCUACGAGGCCUCCGCUCAUCAGCCCCCUUACCCAAAGUCGGGAGCAGCCGGCACUGGGAGCCAGCUCCCGGAGCCGGCUCAGCACUGAGACCGGCGUCCUCUGGCGGCUGAGAAAGAGUUCUGCUUACGAUUUUCGAGACGAAUCGGCACGCUCUUAGAUGCCAAGAAGGCGGAGCUAAAGUACAGCAAAGUAAGAAGAGAGAGCAGAAAAGUUCCUAAAGUUGCUGGCCGACCACAGCCCGAAGGGGUAAGUGUAACUAGGAAGGUGACAGACUUCGCCAACAAGAAAUAACUUGCCUCAGCCAUGGCCCUGGGUUCUAGCCCCUGAUCAUCUAUCCUUACAAAGUUUGGAAACUGAGGCUGGAGAACUUUCCAACCAAAACUUGAAUUUUUUUAAAAAAAAUAUUUUUUUUCACCCUAGUUUGGCUGGGUGCUCCGUCUUACGGAGCCCCAAAUUAAUUUUAAAAAGCCGCCACCGUGUUAUGGGCAUGCUCAACUGCCUCCACGGCAAUAAUAUGUCAGGACAACACGAUAUCCCCCCUGAAGUCGGGGAGCAGCCCGAGCAAGAACCUUUGGAAGCCCCAGGGGCAGCUGCCCCCGGUGCUGGGGCUGGCCCAGCCGAAGAAAUGGAGACCGAACCAGAGGCUGAACCGUCUAACAAUGAGCCCGUCCCCGACGAGACCGGCAGUGAGGUCAGUGGACCCCCAGAAGACUCAAAAUCUGACAUCCAGAGCCCCAGCCAGGCCUUCGAGGAAGUCCGAGUGGGUGGAGACUACAGCCCACCUCCAGAGGAAGCCAUGCCAUUCGAGACACAACAGCCCAGCCUGGGAGAUUUCUGGCCCACCCUGGAGCAGCCUGGACCAUCUGGAACCCUAUCGGGCCUCAAAACCUUCAACCCAGCGAUUUUGGAGCCCAGGACCCCCACUGGUGCGAGCCCAGGCCCGGGAGCCUAUACCCCCCCACCAGAAGAGGCCAUGCCAUUUGAGUUCAAUGAGCCUGCCCAGGGAGACCUUAGUCAGCCUCCCUUGCAAGUCCCAGACCUUGCUCCAGGAGGUCCGGAAGCAUUGGUCCCCAGAGCUCUUCCCGCGGAGCCCGGGAACCUCAGAUUUGAAAUCGCUGGCUUCCGAGAAGACUACAGCCCUCCCCCUGAAGAAUCUGUGCCAUUUCAGGUCGGUGGAGAAGAAUUCGGGGGCGAUAGCCCACCCCCAGGGCUCCCGCGAGUCAUCAGACAAAUCGGCAUUGGAGGCGAGUUCCCGACAGCCGCGAUCCCGAGUGCGCUCUGCCUCGCUCCCGCCGAGAACGCGCCUCCCCUCUGGGUCCGAGGCGCCAUUGACAGACCAUUCCGCGAGGCUGUCAGAUCUCCUCCUAACUUCGCCUGCGACAGCCCCCCAAUGGAGAUCACCAGACCCCUGCUUGAGAUUGGCAGAGCCUCCACUGGGGUCGACGACGACACCGCUGUCAAUAUGGACAGCCCCCCAAUCGCAAGUGAUGGCCCGCCCAUCGAAGUCUCGGGAGCCCCAGAUAAGAGCGAGCGCACAGAGAGACCCCCAGUUGAGCGAGAAGCUGCCGAGAAGCAAAGAAGCUCAAUCACCGCCACUACAAUGGAAGGAAAAGUCCUCUCUCUGGAGAAAGAAGAAGGAUUUUCCACCCAGCCUGAAGCAAUGGAUGCCCAGCCAGCCCCUGCUGCCCAAGCCGUCUCUACCGGAUCUGAUGCCAGCGGAGCUCCUCCGGAUGCCGAGAUGCUCACAGAUACCCAGAGCGAUGCCGAAGAAGUCGGGACAACCCCAGGAACGUCUUCAGAUAUCCAGUCCGAUCCUGAGGAAGACGAAGAAGCACCAGCUGUCCGUGACGAGCCUGACGGAGGAGCAGCCCCGGUCGCCCCAGCCACUCCUGCCGAGUCCGAGUCCGAGUCCGAGUCCGAGUCCGAGUCCGAGUCCGAAGGCGUCAGAGAUCCAGCCGCCGAGCCAGCCUCCGAGCCAGCCUCCGAGCCAGCCUCCGAGCCAGCCUCCGAGGCAGUCCCUGCCACCACGGCCGAGGCUGCCUCCGGGGCAGCCCCUGUCACCCAGGUGGAGCCCGCAGCCGCUGCAGUCUCUGUCACCCCGGCGAAGCCUGCCGCCCGAGCAGCCCCCAUCACCCCUACGGAGCGCUCUACCCGGGCAAUCCUCUCAGCUAGAGCCCAUCCGGCCGCCGGAGCAGUCCCUGGAGCCCCAGCGAUGUCAGCCUCUGCUAGGGCAGCUGCCGCUAGGGCAGCCUAUGCAGGUCCACUGGUCUGGGGAGCCAGGUCACUCUCUGCUACUCCCGCCGCUCGGGCAUCCCUUCCUGCCCGCGCAGCAGCAGCUGCCCGGGCAGCCUCCGCUGCUCGCGCAGUCGCCGCCGGCCGGUCAAUCUCUGCCGCCUCAAGCAGGGCUCAUCUUAGACCCCCCAGCCCCGAGAUCCAGGUCGCUGACCCGCCUACUCCGCGGCCUGCUCCGCGGCCGACUGCCUGGCCUGACAACUACGAGCGGGGCCGAAGCUGCUGCAGGUACGAGGCAUCGUCUGGCAUCUGCGAGAUCGAGUCCUCAAGUGAUGAGUCAGAAGAAGGGGCCACUGGCUGCUUCCAGUGGCUUCUGCGACGAAACCGCCGCCCAGGCCUGCCCCGGAGUCACACGAUCGAGAGCAACCCAGUCCGCAAGUUCUUCACCCGAGUCUUCAGAAGCUGCUUCAAGGUGUCUGCGUGCGCGCGAUCGCGAUCCCACAGUCCCAAGAAGGUUAAAGACCAGAUGGAGGAGAGGAGAAAACAGAUGCGCAAAGAGGCUGUGGAAUUGCGAGAGCGAAGGCGCGCAGAUAAGAAGAGGAGCAAGAUCAUCGACAAGCAACUGGAGGAGGAAAAGAUGGACUACAUGUGUACACACCGCCUUCUGCUUCUAGGGAGAAAAGUGGUGCCGAGCGACACUGAGGGUCGUUACCGGCCGGAGGCCAGCGCCAGCGCCAGCGAUCGUAGGCUGGACAGGCGGGGGCGUGAGGUGAGCCCAGAACUGCUGGGGUGGGCCCUUCGGGGCUCCCCCGGCUCGAUUGUUCGUGACCGCGGUGGGCUAGGGCCAUCGGGGUGCGCGCCCCCGCCUCGCCUGGCACGGCUGCUUCGACUCAGACAGCUUGUUGUUGAUGUGUGUUGGUGUCCAUUUUCUGUGUUCGCCUGUGCAUGACAUGCUCAGUGUGUCCCAGUUUUCAUCCCUGGCACUUUCAACGUACCCGCCGAUUUUAUAUUUGUACUCUGAAAUAGGUUACCUUGUGAUUUGCGCCAUGGCGCGACCAAAACUUUCCGUGUUGGUACACUCUGUAAUAACCUGUGUGCAGACUCUCUGCAGCGAGCAGAGGGAAACCGCGCAGGCAACGGUGGUGUGGCAUCCUGGGUAAUCUGCUGGGCCGAUGGCUAGGGGGAGUGGACCCGCCGCCGCGGGCCUCCGUAACCUUUUCCCGGUAUGUCUCUCUCUCUUUUCCCCUUUGCGCUAAGCAUUUCCUCCCUUCUCAAUAUGUAUGUCAAGCCCUCCCGCCUUAACGGUUGAAAAUCCAGACACUCGGGGCUUUGGGGUUGUUCAAAACACGUGUAUUUUGUAUUCUGUGCACACGCACACACAUACUGGGACCACCUGUGGGGCGGGGGAGUAAAACAGGAGGAAGGUGGGGGGGGUGGAUACUUUAGCCCUGUUGGCAAGGCCACAUUCAAAACACACAAGGUUAGUUUCAAGGGGGUGGGCGUGGCUUGGUUUUAAUAUGUCUGUGUGUCCAUAUAUAUACAUAUAUGUAUAUAUAUAUAUGUAUAUAUAUAAUAAUUUUCUUCUUAGCGAAGAGCCCGAGGUAAGGCAAUCACUUAUAUUUUUACAAUUCGUGGCAGGAGGGGCCUAGUUUAAGAAGGUUGGGAUUUGUAUGUUGGGAGCACAAUCUUGCCUUUGUAUUUUAAUUGCAAUUAAAAUAAAAAAAAUAAAUACUAAAUGUGUCUACAAUGCAUGGGAAGCUGGGAAUAUUACUUGUGAACUGUGUAUAUGUUUGCAUGUCAAUCUUUUUCAAGCAGCUUUAGCUGCGGGCAGGAGGACUGGAGGUAAGAGCUUCUAUAAAUCAUUGGGGAUGAAAAAAAUAAAGAUUAAAGAAAUGUUAUGCCAGCCAGAUAGGUGCCUUUGGGGGCCCUCAUUUUCCACCACCCUCUGUUCAACCUACUACUCCCUAGCUCUCCAUGUCCCCUCCCCUCGCAGAGACCCCUCCCCUCAUUCUGCAGCCAGAGCUCCUCCCACCUCAGACUUCUCAUUUCCAACCUGAGGCGUUCAUUCUUCUUGCCAGCUUAAUCAAAACAGCAAUUAACGAUGGUCUGUACCUGUGGCUUAAAUAAAAUCUUCACGAGUGAAUCUCCACAAUUAAUUUAUUUUAUUCUCUCAAACUUUUCAAGGGAUCUCAGGAUCACAGUUUCUAAGGCUGUGCUCCAUUUGUCUGUGAAGUAUUUGGUAAUCUGUGAUGGUGUUUAUUAAAGACAUUGAUGACA